AUGUCUCAAGCGGUAAACAUAACUGAACCUAAUCUCCUACAGGGAUUCUGUGGAACGAAGGAGCUUUCCAGUCUUGACAACAACUCAUUCAAAUUAUCACCAGAAUCAGCAUCACAGCUACACCAGGUGAAGCUAGUUCUACUGCAGCCUCUCGCCAAUGCAGAUAUGCUCAAAGACUGCCGUGAUCCAAACUCGCGCAUAGUUUGCAGGCCUAACGAUUCUCGCUGCCUUACUUCAAAUCGCGAAUAUCUCAAUUUACAACCACUCAGCAAGAGUUGGAGGCAAGAGUUGAUAAAAAUUACGCCCAUUCCUGAACUGAUUUUUGAUCUCACUUUACCGAACGAGGGCAAAGAGAAUAACCACACAUUUACAAAAGUGUACUGGGAUACAGCCAUGCCUCAAGAAGACAGUAUCGGCAUUCAUACACGAGAUGUUAUGACUUUGGUAAUCACUAUCGCCACCGAGAUAAGGAUGCGAACCAAUGGUGACGUGUCGUUCGAGGUUAUCUAUGAUGAUACUGAAGGAGUAUCGCUGAAGGGAAUGUCACUUCUGAAGAAGCAGCUUCUUGCACUUAGUAACAACAAGCUUCCUAUACGUGGAGAUGAGAAAGAGGACUUCUAA